AUGUCUCCUCCCUCAUCAUCCUUCUCAUCUAUUCAUACAGAUCCCGUACCAAUGGAGACUAUGACAAGGACAGAUGGGCCUUCUAGCCAGCACGAAACUCAUGCCGUUUUUUCUAGCUCGCAGAGCCAGCAAGAGCAACCAUCAGAUGAGACGGCAACCUCGAAACCAAUAAACGAGCCCCUUAACAUGCAACCUGACCCUUCUACAGAAUCCCAAUAUCCAACAGGCUCUAAAUUCUGGUGCACCGUCCUUGCAAUAUGUGUUGUCAUGAUCUCAGGAGGCCUAGAUGCCAAUAUUGUCGCUACAGCGGUGCCGAGCAUCACCAACCACUUCCAUACUGUUGCUGAUGUGGGAUGGUACUCAUCUGCAUUUCGACUCUGUACCUGCGCGUUCCAAUUUGGGUUUGCGAAGCUGUAUAAACAUUUCUCCAUCAAGAUAAUCUUCUUGUUGACCAAUGUCAUCUUCCUCAUCGGCUCCUUGCUCUGUGCCACCGCUGCUUCAUCGACUAUGUUCAUUGCAGGGAGAGCGGUUACGGGUCUAGGAUUCUCGGGAGGGUUGGCUGGAUGUUUUGCCGUCAUAACGCAUAUUCUACCGCUCAACAAGCGGCCAGUGUUUGCGGGUCUAAUGGCGUGUGUGGAAUCGCUUGCAAUCAUUUCGGCGCCCAUAGUAGGAGGGGCAUUGACGCAAUCUUUAGGAUGGAGAUGGUGCUUCUGGAUCAACCUCCCUCUUGGUGUAUUAUCGCUGGCGACUCUGCUUUUGCUUUUCUCAGAUCCAAGAGUCAGGGAAGAGGAUGAACUCACGUUUGCUCAAAAGAUCAGAGAGAUCGAUCUGCUCAGCAAUUUCUUAUUUAUCCCUUCUUUGACAGCACUCUUCCUUGCCCUAUCAUGGGCUGGAACCAAAUACCCUUGGUCAGACGCACAAGUAAUUGCAUUGUUCGUUGUUUUUGCUGUCCUUUUCGUCGCUUUUGCCCUCAAUCAAUACCGACGUGGAGACUCGGCAGCACUUCCUUUCCGCAUUGUUAAGAACAGGAAUGUCAUUGCUGGUUUCGUCUUCACAACGUGCACCAAUUCGAUGACGAACGUUUUGGAGUGGUAUUUACCAACGUACUAUCAGGUCGUUCGAUCUCAUACUCCAAGCGAGAGCGGCUACCUAAUGAUCCCCAUUCUCGUUGGAAUGAUGCUCGGCCUCUUCCUUCAGGGUAUUGGCACCACGACAUUCGGCUACUACGCCCCAUUCAUGAUCUUCGCUUCCGUGUGCAUGCCUAUUGCGGCGGGCUUGAUGACAACGUACGAUCUGCACUCGUCUCUAGCAAAGAUCAUAUUAUUUUCGGGAUUUGUAGGCUUCAGUGGAGGCAUCGGCUUUCAAGGUCCCCAAGCGGCUAUGCAAACAACUUUAGAUUCCGCAGACAUCAACCUUGGGAUCGGGGUUAUCUUGUUCGGUCAAAGCAUGGGUCCGGCCGUGUUCAUUGCUAUUGCACAGGUGAUAUUCACCAAUGAAUUAUCGUCAAGUUUGAGAAAUGUAAUACCUGGGUUGUCCCCUGCGUAUAUCGAACAACAUGGACUUGGCGAUAUUUUGAACGGGGUUUCUGCUCAGCAACGGGCUGAUGUGUUGAGAGGUAUUGAUCGGGGCUUGACGCUCACUUGGUAUCUCCCCGUCGCUUUAGCUUGUACGACGCUUGUGGGUAGCCUAUUGAUCGAGUGGCGCUCUGUCAAACAAAAGCAGCCAUGAAAAGAAAGACA